AUGAAGACUGCUGAUGGUAAUUGGAUCAACAAUGAAGUGCUCAAAUUCCAAUCCAAGUAUAGUGUCAAACAAGUAUUUACUCAAACACAGGAAUUGUUACUAUUCGAAUACAUGGUCAAGUGUUCAAAGAUAAAUUAUGGGCUAACAACAAAACAAAUUAGAAAACUUGCACAUGAUUAUGCCAUAGGGUGUAAUAUAGAAGUUCCUCCUUCCUGGAACUUAUUUCUUAUAUCUGGAAUUGACUGGUUCAGUGGGUUCAUGCCAAGACACUUAGAUUUAGCUAUACGAAAGCCUGUUGUAGAUUUUGAUCAUCAAAACUAUGUGGUAUCAUUUUUGAAAAAAAAAAAACAAGUGGCACAUUUGUUUACCAUGAUAAAGACGAUAUAG